AGUUACUGAAGACAACAAAAAUAUUUUACACAUUUUAUGUAUGUACAUUUUUCAAGAAUGUAUAUCAAGGUGUAGGAAUACUGCAAUAAAUAAUAUUUCGAAUGAUUAACAAUUGAUCAAGUAGAAGCUAGUGAAGCUAAUGUGUAUAAAGAAAAUAACCCAUUAGGAGCGUCUAAAUUAUCUGUGAGUUCUAAACUAAACUCAAAAUGCCUAAUCUAAGAAGUAAAAAAGUACUACAAGUUGAAAAGAAAUCACCAAAUACAAAGGAUACACAUUCUAACAAUAAGAGGAAGUUAAAAGCCAGUGAAAUCAAAAUAGAACCAGACGUGUCAGAACAAAAUAACGAUUUAAAGAAGGUUAACGAGGCAGUAUCAAUCAAAAAAGAAAUCGACAUCCCUGUAAUAAAGGUCGAAACACAGGAUAUUGAAGACCUUAAACCUUCACCAAGUUCAAAAUCUAAAAGUGAUUGCAAAAUGCGAAUACCAAAAAUUCCUUUCAAUUGGGAAGUAGUUUUAAAGAACUUGAGAGAAAUGCGUAAGAAUUUUGAUGCCCCUGUUGAUACUAUGGGUUGUGAUAAGUGUCAUGACGAUUCUGCUGAUCCCAAAGUACAAAGAUAUCAACAAUUACUUUCUUUAAUGCUGAGCAGUCAAACUAAAGACCAAGUUACAUUUGCAGCUAUGGAAAGGUUGCGACAACAUGGUUGUAUUAUAGAUAAAAUUUUGGAAACUUCAGAUGAAGAUUUGGGUAAACUGAUAUAUCCAGUUGGAUUUUGGAAAAGUAAAGUUAAAUAUAUCAAAAAAACUACCGCUAGGUUGAAAGAGAAAUAUAAUGGAGACAUACCGAAUUCUGUUGAAGAACUAUGUAAACUGCCUGGCGUAGGACCAAAAAUGGCCCAUAUAUGUAUGAAAACAGCAUGGGGAGAAGUUACAGGAAUAGGUGUGGACACCCAUGUGCACAGGAUAUCCAACAGACUGGGCUGGGUCGAUACAAAGACUCCUGAAGAAACACGAAAAGCAUUGGAAAACUGGUUACCUCGAGAGCUUUGGAGCGAAGUAAACCACUUGUUAGUAGGAUUUGGACAGCAAAUUUGUAAACCUGUGAAACCUCAAUGUCCUACCUGCCUCAAUUAUAUGUUAUGUCCAUUUGGGGCCAAGUAUGUGGCAGAUGAAUUGAAAACUGAGAAGUCGCCCAAGAAAAAAAUUAAGACAUGAAUUCUUUGAUUUUUGGAAAUAUUUCCAAUUUUUUUUUUGAAGAAUUACAUUUUUUAGUAAUUUUGAGGUGUAAUGCAUAAUAUUGAAAUAAUUUAAUCAGGUAUUCAUACAACAUCAUUGAAGACAUUGAAG